AUGAGCUACUAUCAAGAAUAUUGCAGAUUAUUUUUAGCUAAUCAAGUUCUGACAAAUUAAAUGAAAGAGCUCGUUUAUGAGAAGAACGAACUCACCAUAAGGCUUAUUAAGUUGGAAAAAAGGAGUGAAGAUUUGAGCGAAGAUGAAUUAAAUGAAGAAGAAAUAGAAGAAGAAAAGAAAAAGAGAAUAAGAAGACAAGCCAAAUUAAUAGAUCGUAGCUACAUUUGCCCAUAUGAAAGCUGCAAGAAAUCCUAUGGUACAGAGGGUUCUUUAAAUCAACACAUAAAGUUGAAGCAUCCCAAGACGAUUUGA